AUGGAAGUAGAGGACGAAAAAGAAAAUUUCGCCAAAAGAAAUAAACAAGAGAAGCCGGCAACCACCGUCCCUAUCAAGAAGUUCGAGUCUAGGGAAAGUAAAGGACCAAGAAAAUUUGGGUCUCAACCCUUCAACGGUAUCGUCGGAAAGCAAUUCCAAGGAAAAGGAAGGUCAAACACUUGGUGUCCUUAA